AUGCCAACGGGGGACAAGGAUAGCAAAGGGUUCUUGGCUGCGACAUCUCCACGUCGGCUACGCACCUCUUCCGCCUCAGGAACUACCCCCACUCAAAAGAUCAAGUCGCCAGUCACUCCCAGAGCAGCCAGUAGCAGCCCAGCUGCGAGGACCAAGUCGGUUCUCUUCCCGUCUCCCGUCACUCUCAAGGUGCCAGCUCGGAUCCAAGGCGAUCCAACCAGCUCCUUCGGUAAUAGUCCCGUCAGCUCGAGACCUUCCAUCACAAUGGCUCAACCCGCCACCACUACUGCACGAGCAAAAUUAGCCGCCGCCAUUGGCCGGCUGUCUCAUUUGGAAGCGCGCAUCACUUCCGCUCCAUCCGCAUCUCUUGCCGAGGUUCGCCGAGGACAAAUUCUGAGUAUGUGGGCGGAUGUCGAGGCGGAAUAUAAAGCUUGCUCCGCAGUGAUGGUUGACGAGGACCCAAGGGUCCAAGAAGACAUCCGAGAGAAGUACGGCGAGUGCUAUGGGGUAUUUGAGCAGUGCCUCGCCGACCUCAAUGCUCAGCUGGCCCAAACAGCAGUCCAUCCGAGAUUACGUUGGCCUACUUUUCGAGAUUUUUUUACUGCAAUUUACAUAAAUAAUUCUAGGCUGUCUCCGGUAGAGAAGUUGUACCAUCUCACCGCGAAGACAAGUGGCGAUCCGAAGGCCAUAGUCGAGAAGUCCCCGCUCACAAACGAUGGUUUCGAGUCGGCAUGGUCGGCCCUCCGAAACCGUUAUGAAAAUAAUCGGCUCCUGGUGACCAACCAGAUAAAUAUUUUGCUCUUUUUGCCUCGCGUCGAGUCCGAGACCAGUGGAGCUUUAAAAGAGCUUCAAAGCACGAUGCAAGGGGUCCUCACCGCCCUUGCUCAAUCCAAGGUCUGCACCGACAACUGGGAUAGCCUCCUCGUUACUAUUUGUGCCUCCAAGUUGCCGAAGUUGACCCGGUCUUUGUGGGAAGCGUCUGUCACAGACAAGAAGGAGGUGCCUCCAUGGACGGAAAUCGAUGCCUUCCUCACUCAGCGCUAUUUGACGCUAGAGGCCAUGGAGAGCGACCCGUCCACUUCCAAAGGCAAUCCGACCCCACCAUCGUCCAAAGGUUCCUUGAAUCCGCAAUCCUCCGGAAGCAACUCCAAUCCGUUCCGGUCUCAUGGUAGUCCCGUGCCAAGGAAGUUUCACUCCUUCCAGACACAAGUGAGUCCGAAGAGAAGAACGUGUGAUCUCUGUUCCAAAGAGAACCAUCCGAUCCGACUGUGUCCGCACUUCCUACAAAUGACUGUGGAUGCACGAGCCAGCUGCAUUAAAAAAAGGCAGCUGUGCUUGAACUGUUUCGCUAGAGGUCAUCAGCUCCGUGAAUGCCAAAGCGCCCACAGUUGCUUCACUUGUGGAGCCCGCCACCACACGCUCCUGCAUCGGGGGACUCCAGCUCCCAGCGAGCUGACUUCCACAACAGCGGAGGAUCCCGCUUCUUCCGUCGCUCCGCCCAACGUUCAGAACUAUUUUGCUUCGGGAACAAGAGCGGUGCUUCUCGGUACGGCAAUAAUCAACAUCUGCCACCGGGGGACAAAUUUCCGUGCCCGCGCUCUGAUCGACUCGGGCUCCGAGGCGACGUUCAUUACGGAACGUCUCUUUAAUAUCCUCCAGUUGCCAUUCCGCCUUAUUCAGGCCCAGGUUUCAGGCCUAAAUCAGACUGUAGCAGCUCAAUCCAAGAAGCUCUGUGAUUUGUCCAUUCGCUCCCUGAUGACGCCGAGCGUACAGUUAAACGCCACGGCCUACGUCCUGCCCGACAUAGCCGGCAAUCUCCCUUCAUAUCCGAUCCCGCAGAGCGCGUUGCGAGACUUGCCGAACCUGCCUUUAGCAGACCCUAAAUUUUAUGAGAGCUCACACAUAGACGUUCUGAUCGGAGCCCACAUCCUUCUGUCCAUACUGUUAAGCGGCUCACAGACCGACAUCUGUGGUUCCCUCCUCGGACAGCAAACCAUCUUUGGAUGGGUGCUUACCGGUCCAGUGCCAAGUGCUGUUCAGACCAGAUUGCAUCUUUCUCCACCCAAAUUUCCCACGUCCGCGAUGCUCCAUUGGACAAACUUCUCACAAAGUUUUGGGAGGUGGAGGAUCUACCUAUCAAGGUAGCAGGAGAGUCGGACUCCUAUUGCGAAAGAAAUUUUCCGAACCACGUCAAGAACGUCAAGUGGAAAGUACGUGGUAACACUGCCGUUUCGUGACCCCGAUCAUUGUGGAUCGGGCCUGGGGCAUUCAAGGUCCAUUGCCCUAGCUCAGUUUCUCCGAAAUGAGAAUCGGCUAAAGAGAAACGUUCCAUUUCAAGAACAGUAUAACUCUGUGAUCCAGGAAUACUUAGAUCUCGAUCAUAUGACAGAGGUUCCGUCCACUAACGAGUCCGCCAAUUAUUAUCUUCCGCACCAUGCGGUAAUCAAGCCGGAGAGCACUACCACGAAAGUCCGCGUGGUAUUCAACGCGUCCAGCCCUUCUGCGAACGGCACGAGCUUAAAUGAUCUUCUUCAUGCUGGUCCGGUCCUCCAAUCCGAUUUAACCCUCCAAAUCCUGAAGUGGCGCUACUUCCGAUACGUCUUCAACGCCGACAUUACAAAGAUGUACCGCCAAAUUUGGGUACAUCCAACGUGCACACCCUUCCAGCGAAUAUUAUUUCGAAACCAGGAGGGUGAGAUUCGGGAUUAUGAGCUGAAAAUCGUGACCUUUGGUGUCAAUUGCUCUCCGUUUCUAGCCAUCCGGGUACUGCAACAGCUUGCCGACGACAUCCAGUCGCGAUUUCCAAAGGCAAGCCACAUUGUACGGCAUUUCAUGUACGUCGACGACGUCCUAGCCGGGGCAGACUCCAUCAAGGAGGCUCAGCUGGCUAUCCACGAAUUGCAGGCCGCCCUCAGCUCUGCAGGUUUUCCACUGCGCAAAUGGACGUCCAAAUCCCACACCAAGCGAGAAGUUCUUUCCCAAAUUGCGAAGCUGUUUGACCCCGCGGGGUGGCUAGCCCCAUUCAUCGUCCGGUCCAAGAUUUUUAUGCAGGAGAUCUGGUUGCAAGAUUUGGGAUGGGACGAACCUCUUCCAAGUUCGUUGUACCAACGCUGGCUGGACUUUCUGCAAAGUUACGCAUCACUACCCGAGAUCAAGAUUUCAAGAUGGGUAUGUUACCAGCCAUCGGUAAAGAUCGAACAUCACGGUUUCUGCGAUGCCUCCGAAAAGGCGUACGGUGCAGCGCUCUACGUGCGCGUCGAGUGUGACCAGCAUAUCACGGUGCAUCUACUGUCGGCGAAAACACGAGUCGCUCCCGUGAAAACCGUUUCGCUUCCUCGACUAGAGCUGUGCGGUGCAGUGCUCCUUUCCGAAAUGGCGACGGCUAUCCUGCCAAGCAUGCCGACGGGAAGUCAUCAAUGCUACUACUGGACCGAUUCUACUAUUGUACUGGCCUGGUUGAGCAAGCCCGCUUGCCAUUGGACUACCUUUGUGGCCAAUCGAGUGACGAAAAUAGCUCAGACUACCGAAACCAGUCAUUGGGCUCAUGUUCGUUCCGAACAUAACCCCGCUGACUUAGCCAGUCGAGGCGUAGCUUUACCAGAACUGGUGGGUAGCCAACUCUGGUGGCAUGGACCAGCGUGGUUGCAAUCUCCACGUUAUCAAUGGCCAGCCCAAGCCGCCGAAACUCCAGUUCAAACCCUAGAGCAGCGGGCCGUGAAGGUCCAUCUCGUUUCCAGCCCACCCGAAGAUUUCCUGGAGCGAUUCUCCCAGCUUGAGAAGGCUCUUCGAGUGCGGGCAUAUGUUCUACGUUUUAUUCAGUGUUGCCGGAAAGUAACACUCGCAUGUAGGGACCACCUCACUAGUGGGGAAAUUAACGAAGCGGAGCGAACUCUUAUCCUAGAGGCUCAGCGCCGGGACUUCCCCCAAGAAUCUCACUACCUGAGUGGUAAACGUCCCGUGCCAAGUUCAAGCUCUAUUUUGAAUCUGAACCCCUUUCUAGACCGACAGGGGAUCAUGAGAGCCUGUGGCCGGAUCACAGCUUCACAAGAUCUGAAGUAUGAUGAGCGCCAUCCAAUCAUCCUGUCCUAUAGUUGCCGCCUGUCUCGCCUGCUCGCUCACUUGACGCACAGGAUCACUCUCCAUGGCGGCAAUCAACUGAUGACGCGCCUCAUUCGCUGCAAAUAUUGGAUCCCGAGAAUCCGGAACCUGAUGAAGGGCGUGGUGAACUCCUGCAAGGUCUGCAUCAUCCACAAGAAGAAGCUACAGACCGAACUGAUGGGUGAUCUCCCGACAGACCGAACUUCUUUCUCCAGACCGUUUACCCAUACCGGUAUUGACUAUGCAGGUCCUUUCGACAUAAGGAACUAUACCGGGAGAGCGUGCCUGAUCACCAAGGGUUAUGUGUGCGUAUUUGUAUGUUUUUCCACGAAGGCCAUUCACUUGGAGGCUACUUCCGACCUGACCACCGAGAAGUUUCUAGCAGCUUUCGCUCGCUUCGUCGCUAGACGAGGUUGUCCGCAGCGUAUCCAUUCCGACAAUGGAAAAACUUUCGUGGGAGCAGCAACUGUACUUUCUCGGGACUUUCUAGAGGCGUUCCAGGAUUCGGUGACUGAGGCAUACAGCCAUCAACGGGUUGCAUGGCGUUUCAUCCCGCCAGGAGCUCCACAUAUGGGGGGCCACGUCCACCCGGAAAUAUACCUUUGA